AUGUGGUUCACAAACAUUACGAAGGAUAUUGGAGAGAUUACUAGCAGCUUUGUGGAGGAUACGCGGAACCUCGCUAAUAUCGUAACCCGCUUUGCCACUGAAGUAACCGGUGGCAAUGUUCUCAUUGCUGGUGAUGAAGACUCACGCCUUGCGCAGCAAUGCCCGCUUUCUGACACGGAUAUUGCAUCAUUCCAGCGGAAUAGCAUGGUUUUUCUUGACGAUAUUUCGGAAGAUGAGAAGGCGUCAUUUGAUGUAUGGGCAAAGGAAAGUGAGUUUAAAUCACAGCCACUGCCUCAACGACGAGAAGGGCAUGCUGAGCUUUUACCAGGUAGUCGGUAUGAGAAGUUAGCAACUUUCCGCCAACAGUUGUUGGAUACCAAUCCGUUCGUGAAGAAAAGGUAUGCGGCGUUUGUGUUAAGCGACGAGCGGCGCCACCAAAAGGGGGGUGCGGAGGCCAUUGAACAUAAAAGAGACGAACAGGUUGAUACAGCUGCCGAACACAUGGAAAAAGAUGAAAUUGCUCCACUGGAUGAAACCCUGCGCAUUACGGAGGAUGUAUUUUUUGACCGUUAUUUUUUUCGCCUUUCUCAGCUUCGUCUCCGCCUUGCGGCAGAGCGAAAACAGCGUGAGGAAGCCACUAAAAAGGAGGAGUUGGAGGUCAAUGGAGUCGAUCAGUGGAGUAAGGGGGGCCUCAAAGCAUUUACCCAGCGUAUUGUUGAAGCAGCAGAUGGUUUGAUCAACUGGGAUGACGAAAACAGAGAACGAAGCGGUGAGUCGCAGCGCACGAAAUCAGAGUGCGAAACUCAGGAAAAUACUAUAGCAGCAUUGCAGUCAGUAGUGCAAGCACUGCAGAGUGAGCUGUGGAGUGAAAAACGAAAAUUAGCGGCCGUGCUGGAAGUGGCGCGUAAUUGUGGACUUAGCGAGGAGCAGCAGCGGCUGCUACGUGAGGCGGCACAGAAUGAGGAACAUAGUGGCAACGCACCAGUGAGAUCUUCCGUCUGUGAGUUGGAGUUGACAGGAAGUGGGCGAAAGUCAAUGUCAGUGCGGUCAAAGGGGGGAGAUAAGGAAAGUAGGGGAGGUAGUGUUGAUUGCAAGGAGUCAAGGAAAAAUGAAGAUGGGGCGGAUGGGAAUGUAAAGGUUUCAUCGAAGGCGGCGAGUGAGGGAGAUAAUAAUGAGUCCAGUUCAGGUGUUCAAUUUUUCGUUGACAAUGAUGGUUGGACAAAUGUAAAGUAG